UCCCCUACAGAGAGACAAUCAGUGGAUGUUAAACCAGAGCCGUGAGUGGACGUGCUCUAGAAAUCGUUCGCAGAUCUCCUCCUAAGUCAAGUGCACACUCAGCUAAUAUUUGAGGAAAUACACAGCCCGACACCACAGACAGAAUGCUUGAUCUUUUCAGGUCUGUCCAGGCGAGAGUCAGUGUGAGCGUAGCGCUCGGGAUUGGCGUGGUGGCAGCGACUUUUGGGUAUUUCUACAGAAAGAAGUUGCUUGAAUCUCCACCGCGAAGAUGGAUUCGUGUGGGAGAGCUCACAGAUCUGAUGAUCUACCCAAUUAAGUCCUGUGCAGGGAUUUCUGUUAAGACUAUCCAGUGCAGCGUCCUGGGAUUGAAGGAGCGUGAGCACAUGCGCGAUCGCGUCUUCAUGAUCACUUCCCUUGAGGGUCAAGGAAUUACUGCUCGCAGCCACCCGAAGAUCGUGAAGAUCCAGCCAAACUUCAUUGCAGACCGAAUGAUUCUCUCAGCUCCUGGCCAGGAGGAUAUAGUCAUUGAUCUGCUUAAACUGAAUCGGCGGGAGCGCGGAAAGUCUGUUGUGUGGGGAGAAACAGUCACCACCAUCGAUUGUGGCGAUGAUGUUGCCGCUUGGAUCUCUAAAUUCUUGCUCAAUGAUGAUACUGGCUUCAGACUUGUCUACUAUCCAGAUGACUUCCCGACGCGUGACGCCUGGAGCAAGAAGAAGGACAAGAGGGAACUGGAGACACACGCUGGUGCUCUGCACGAUGUCACGAGUUACAUGCUGAUGAACCAGGCAUCCAUUGAUGAUCUCAACACUAAACUCACUGAGCGAGUCACGAGCAGACAAUUCAGACCCAAUUUCCUUGUUAAGGGACCCAAUGCUUAUCUAGAGGACAAAUGGGAGUGGAUCAAAAUUGGCAAUGUGAUCUUCAGAAACAUUAUGCUGUGCGGCAGAUGCAUCUUGGUCAAUAUCAAUCCAGAAACUGGCACCAGGAACCCGGAUUUCGAGCCCCUGAAGACACUGAAAUCGUACCGCGUGACCAGCGAGAACGUCAAGGAUCCCAUCUUGGGCAUUCACUUGGGCAUUCACACGUCUGGAACUAUACUUCUGGGCGAUCCCGUGUAUAUUGGCGCUACCCAAGAGACUCCAUAGUAUUUUCGCUCUGCAAUAAAUUCGAUUCUGCCUGAAGCAAA